AUGGAAAAUUCUAAUUCACCAAGUAAUAGUGAUUAUGAUAUUGAUGAAGAAGACAUAACUCCAGAGGCUCCAGAAUUAAAAGAAACCUCAAUGAAAUUAAUAGAAAAUUUGUAUGAAUUUAAAAAACCUGAGACAAAAUUACGCCCCUUCAAAACAGGAAAUGGUUUUUUACUGACUGCAACAAGUAAAAAAAAAUUUAAAUUGUGGUUGCCUCAACCAUGUAAAUUAAAAAAACCAAAUUUACUAAAAAUGCGAAGAAAAGAUUUGCAUUUGGUUGAAGAAGAUAAAAAGGUAAUUAAAAAGCAAAUUCAUUCCUCGUUACUUUCUGAAAAUGAUCUUAAUAAUCUUAUUAAAAAAAUGGGCUGA